UACGGGGCGGCGGGGGGGGGAGGGGGGUUGGGAAUGAAGCGGAACGGAAGUUACGCGGAACGUUCGUGCUCAGCCGCAUUUCCGUGAGCGGCUCCGUCCGCCAACUUCCGCUUCCGGGUAUCGCAGUGUCACGGCGGAGGGUCGCGGAGCGGGCAGGUAUGGGGCACGGAGCUGAACAUGGCCACGGCCACGGCCGAACAGAACUCCCUGACUACAGGCAGUGGAAGAUAGAGGGGACUCCACUGGAGGACGUCCAGAGAAGGUUGGCUAAACGGGGGCUCAGGGAUCCAUGGGCUCGUAAUGAAGCCUGGAGGUACAUGGGUGGCUAUGCAAAACCUGCCACCAUAACAGAUGUCUUCACUAGGGGACUCAAGUGGGGGUUUGCAGCUUUCGUUGUUGCUCUUGGCAUCGAGUAUGCCCUGUUUCCCCCGAAGAAGAACGGAGGACAUCACUGAAGAUCAAAUCUGACAAUUCUUUUCACUACUAAAAUGUACAAAAGCCUGCUGCCCACUGUACUUAUAAUACGCAUAUUAAAGUCUAUCACAAGUAAAA